GGACGACUUUAGUAAGUUUCAGUAAACCCGCGAUCUCGUGCAUGAGCACAAAUUGCAGGGAGACAGAGGAAAGAAGAGGAAAAUUAGAGAAGUAGAAAUUUACGAAAUAGAAAAGGAGUGACUAAUCGAAAUGUGGCAAUUUUGGCUACUGUUAACUAUUGUAUCGUGCAGUGGAGAAGCGAUCGCCUUUCCACAGAAUGACGGGCUGGCUGGUAACAACGUUGAAAUUCAGACGACCCGCGAGACGUUCGUGGUGGAUGGAUUCGUUUUCGAUGGACCGGCAAACAGACCGGGAGGUUCCACAACCCGUAUUGAUUCUGCAACAGUUACGACAAUCGCGACAACAACGGCUGCACCGAACGACUCUCAGUACAACCAGUGUGUAACAAGGUGUCCGGCAACUCCUGAAUAUAAUCCAGUGUGUGGCUCGGACAACGUUGAGUACGACAAUCCAGGUCGAUUAAACUGUGCCUCGGCAUGUGGAAGAGAUGUCACGUUGAAGUAUGUUGGGCGUUGCAUGACUUCGAAAAUAAGAGGAAGAUAAUGCUUAAUGACGGCGUAAUACCGAUUGAGAAUAUUGAUACGCGAAUCGCGGAUUCGAUUCACACGAGAAGACUGGUUUACUACGUAGUUAUGUAAUUGUCUGUUCGUCGUUGCUUCGGUUUUAAUACAAGUUUCAUGGAAAAUAA